AUGGACACCAUUACUCUCCUUCAGGGCGACCCUGACUCUAACCUGACGCCUUUGAUUCUCGUUCACGCGAUUUCUGGCCUUGCAUUGCCAUACUUCGCCCUCGGCCCUCUCUCCGAGAUCGAAGAGGAUCGCCCUGUCUAUGGCAUCUCUUCUCCAAUGUACACAUCGACCUUGGCAAACCCAUUGAAUGGCACUUUGUCACAGGUGGCAGAAGAAUACGUCUCAACUGUCCGUCGUGAGAUCCAACCUUUUGGCCCAUAUCUCCUAGGUGGAUGGUCGAUGGGUGGAAUGAUUGCUAUGGAGAUGGCAGCGAUACUCCAGGCACAGGGCGAUGAAGUACCACACGUCAUACUGAUCGAUUCAGUAAAUCCAAGAUACUUUCCAAAGUUUCAAGACAAGAAGCAACACGAUAUCCAAGCAGCAAUCACAUACAACGCUAUCGCUACACGUAUGAACGCCCCUGCGAUCCCACUAUUUCAAUGUGGCCUCUUUGAGGAUGACUACUACAGCAGCAGUGGUGAAGAGAGCAACAACGACAGUGACAGUGAAGAGUUUGCCGAAGAGCUAUCCGUCCCUGAAAUGCUAGGAAGGAUGAGAAAACAUAUUCACCAGGGACUUGGUGUGCUGGCUUCACAGGGAAGCAGAGUCGAUGAAUUUGAUUUCAGCGAAACAGAGGUCACCUUGAUUAGGUGCACCGUUCGCGAGAAUAUAGAUUCCCUGGUCAAUGAACGCCGCAAGAUGCUGGCCCAGAAGAGGUCUCAGGAUAAUACACUACUAUGGCCCGCCGAAUCUUUCAAGUCCUUUAACACUCUGACUAUUGACGCAACACACGAUGGAUGCUUUGACUCCGAACACGCUGAUGAACUUACAUAUCUCGUUAAGCAUGUGUUGGACAAUCUUGACUACUAA